AGCCAUAUGAAGGGAUGGCGUAUUGACUUUCGUUUUCCUCAAGUUUUAAAUGAUUUUUUACUAUAAGCAACUUUGAAAGGUUAUCAAUAACAUUAUAACAUACACACUGUCACAGACUACACCAGUGGUUCUCAACCUGUGGGUCCCCAGGUGUUUUGGCCUACAACUCCCAGAAAUCCCAGCCAGUUUGCCAGCUGUUAGGAUUUCUGGGAGUUGAAGGCCAAAACAUCUGGGGACCCACUGGUUGAAAACCACUGGACUAUAAAAUAGUAGGCACACACUAGGCCCAUCCACACAGCCAUAUAACCCAGAAUAUCAAGGCAGAAAAUCCUACAAUACCUGCUUUGAACUGGGUUAUCGGAGUCCACACUGCCAUACACACUACUUCGCUUUGGGAAGAUUGGGUGGGAUGCAAGGGGGGGGGGCUAUGAGUUUUAAAGGGCAGUUCGAAAACAUACAAAUGUGAGUAGAUCAAUAGGUACUGCUCCGGCAGGAAGGUAAUGCAGUCAUGCCGGCCACAUGACCUUGGAGGCAUCUACAGGCAAUGUAGGCAAUUUCUCUUCCACGUAGAAAUGGAGAUGAGCACCAACCCCCCAGAGCCGGACGCGACUGGACUUAAUGUUAGGCAAAUAUCUUUACCUAUUGUAUUUUAGUUCUGUUUUUACUAUUUAAUUGGUUUUUUAAACUUUUGUAUUGCACUUUUAAAGCUUGUCUAAUGUGAGAUUGUUAGCCACCUUUAGUCCCCACGAGGAAAAAGAUGGGGUGUAAAUAAAGUUAAUAAUAAUAGCAGCAGGAAGGACUGAAUAAGCUUCAAAACUAUUUUCCAGAACCUUACAUUAUUGAUCUGUUUGAGACAUGGGCAGUUAGGAUUUUCUCAUUAAGGCUGUUAUUUGUUUAUUUCUAGUAUUUGUAUCCCACAUUCUCUCGCCUAAGGAGGCUAUGAAAAGUGAGCUCUCCAAAAGGAAACCUUAAGCACUCAUUGCAUGACCUUGCUCUCUUCCAACAACUUCCUUUACAAAGAGAGACCUAGAUUUCAGAAUUGUAAUGAUCUGAGCAUCUCUGUUGCUUCACAUCAGUGUGGUUAGAGGGUUUAAGUGGUGGGGCAUAGGAAAGGGAUAGCUUGAUUUAGGGAACAGUGAUAUAAUUUCAAUCUACUGGUAUGCAUCCAUGAGUAUUCAGAAACUGCUCAGCUCAAAUAUUAUUAUGGAUGGUGCAUAGAAUAACCUUUGUGUAUUGUUAUUCUCUUUGGGAUUAGCAAUAUUGUGUGGGAAUUGGAUUUUUUUAUUUUAAAAAGCCACACUGUUGUACUCUGGGGCUUUCUUUUUGUUGGAUUGCAGUUACAGCUACCACUUCUUUCUACUCCUGGAGCAGCAGCCCUUCUAACAGUGAACCACCUUACUCCUCUGUUAAAGCUCCCGCUGCCUCCUCCUCCUCCUCCUUGUGGCUCAGUCACUCUUCUAGAUUUCACAGAGAAGCAAACACGAAGCCAGCCUGCACUCAAUCAGCAUGACUUUCAAGCAAAUCUCAGACUAACACAGAUCUGCGCCACUAUGUCAGUGCUUGGAGAGCAUACUGAACUAGACCAAGGGAGAGUUACAGUUGAUCAUCUUGUGCCACUCGGCAGUACGCAGGUUGCUGAAGUUGUCAAAGGUGAAUAGUAGGUCCCACAUCAGCUAGGCCCAUUUGAUAGACAGCCUGGGAGAGGUUAUAAGGGGAUUUUCUUCUUACAGAGUUAUCCCAAGCCAAUUGCCCGUCCCCCCGAGGACAAGACUGAAAAGCCAACAGUUUAUUAAGGAAACCUUGAAGUGUUAUUUGACUCCUUGAAGAUUUAUUAUUUGUUCAUCAAUAAAGGCUUUGUUAUUUCAUUAAAGACUCAAAAGGCCACCCUUUUCAGGGAAAUCCUCAAGAACCUCUCUUUCGAGUCGCCCUGGCUUCCCGCUGGGCAUAAAGUAUACGUCCUAUACAAAGACAAUAGUUACAGGCCCAGCGCAUGACAGAACAGUCACAGUUGAUCAUCUUGUGCCACUCGGAAGUACACAGGUUGUUGAAGUUGUCAAAGGUGAAUAGAGUAUUUUAGGAGAUGCUCAGAUAGGAGAAAACUAUUUGAGACUGAGUAAGUAGAACUCUUUCUUGGCGGUUCAUAUAUAUAUAUAUAUAUAUAUAUAUACACACACACACACACACACACACACACACAUACAUACAUACACACACACAGGGUUAACUUCUUAUCUGUUUCACAAAGGUAUGGAAUGUGAUGGCUAACUGGUAGCUGAUAGCAUGUAAUAAUGAAAGUUCAGGGUAAAUCAGGACUUCUCAUGACAGCAUAUAUUUAGGUAAUCUGCAGCUAUUUAUUUUGGAAUAUUUAUAUCCAUCCUUUCAACCAGGCAGGCUCCCAGGGAAUUGCUUACAAAUCAUUAAUUUGACAGUUCCCUGACCUCGGGCUUACAAUCUAAAUAAGGCAUGAUCCAUAACGGACAUGGAAAUGGGUCACAUGUCUAUGAAUGCAUUCAGAGCAAACAAGUGACAACAAUACGGAAAGUCAAAUUUUGAAUUUCAGAAUGGUGGCAUAUACUGCUAUUUUCUUUACAAGAAAAAGAUUGUGGGAUUUGGGAAGUGUUCCAAAAGAGGUAAACAUCCAACCAGGACCAUAUUUACUAAAACAGUUACCGUGGGAUCAAAAGAUACAAAAGAAACGGAUUAUCCCAUUUCAUUCGAGAAUUGCCAUUGCCCUGCAAUAUCCAGACAGAUGAAUACAUGACAGUGUUUCUUUGAAUUAAAUAUACGUAAGAGUAUAUUUAGGAUACAGAUAAAUAGUAAUCUCUGCCCCAUUCUCUCUCUAUAUGUGUAUGUAUUACUAUCCUUUUGUUCAAGAAACCAAUACAUUCAGAUUGGCACAGAAAGAAUAGAGCUUAUUCUCCAGAACCCAUUUGCAUUAUGAGGUCUGUGCUCUGAAAUAUGCAAAAUUAGUAGUAAAGAUUAUAUCUGUGGGUUCACACAAGUGGAAUAUCUUAACUGCAUCUAUAGAUGGAGCAGCUUUCUACAUGUGAGCUUGGCUUCCUCCCCAGUGUUUGUUAUGAAUAUUAUGGAUUGUGACAAAGUGUAGUAUAAAGGGUGAUUCAGAUUGAACCUUAGUGACAAUUUGAGCUGUUCAGCAGUGGAACUCUCUGCCCUGAAGUGUGGUGGAGGCUUUUAAACAGAGGCUGGAUGGCCAUUUGUCGGGGGUGCUUUGAAUGCCAUUUUCCUGCUUCUUGGCAGGGGAUUGGACUGGGUGGCCCACGAGGUUUCUUCUACCUCUAUGAUUUUAUAAUUCUAAUAUCCUUAACUAUUCUCAGAAGGGAUUAGUCUCCAUACUUUUAAUGCAGACCCACAAAAUAGAAGCAAAAUCACAUACUGUCAGAAUUUCUUUAGUUUUCAGAGUUUUUUUUUAAGAUUGGAAUGGUGAGAGCACCCCUUACUAGUUUAUUAUCUUUUAAUAUACGUGAUACUGCAAUAAUGACUUCACAUCCUUUAUUAUGUAACUUGAGGCCAGAGUUUUGCAGUGCUUUGCAUGUUGAACUACAGUAGAGUCUUGCUUAUACAGCAUUCUGGAUUAUCCAAUUCUGUUUGCCUUUUAGUAGUCAAUGGUUUUGUAGUCAAUGUUUUCAGUUCAUUGCGAUGUUUCUGUGCUAAAUUCGUAAAUACAGUAUUUGCUACAUAACGUUACCACACACUGAACUGCUUUUUCUGUUGAUUUGUUGUAAAACAUGAUGUUUUGGUGCUUAAUUUGUAAAAUCAUAACAUAAUUUGACAUUUAAUAGGCUUUUCCUUAAUCCCUCAUUAUCCAACAUUUUCACUUACCCCGUUUAUGUUGCAUAAGCGAGACUGUACUGUACAUGCAAAGAGGCCAUGGAAGCCCACUGGGUAAUCUUGAGCAAGUCAUAUACUCUCAGUGCCAGAACACUCUGUGAUAGGUUUGUCUGAGGAUCACCAUAAAUUGGAAACAACUUAAAGGCACAAAACACAACAGCAACAACAACAAGCAAGUAGCUCACGUUGUGUCCAUCAGUUGGUGCUUAAAGUGAUGCUAUGCACAAGAGCAAAGCCUUUUCAAAAUAUUGCUCUAAUGCUUCUGUUUCUUUCUCUCUUUUUCUCUUAAAGAAAAUCCAGAAGCCACUGUCUUCAUAGGAAACAUUAAUCAAGAAAAUAAAGUACUGACCUAGAGAGAGAGACAUCCAGAGAUGUGCAGGCAGCACAUACAAUGUUUAAAUGCCACAUCAUGAAUGCAAGACUGCUAUUUAUCCUACAAGUGUGAAUGAUGAUGCCAGAAUUAUUCCUGGUUCACAUAUUGCAGAGUUCAAUUUAAAACAGAAUUUUAAAGGAAAUCUUCAUGUCUCAUCUGAUUUAAAGUGCCAUAAGAAAACAGUGAUAAAAAAUUCCUAAAUCCUGGUCUGCUGAAACUCAAAAGAGGCUCUAUUUAUUCCAGUUAAUGAUGAACAGGACCACUACCACAGCUUUUGCACACUGUUCUAUCCUAUAGCUCUCACUGAAGCUGUAUUGUAAAGAUAUUUGUGUAACUGUUUUUCCAUGCCAUUUAGGGACGGCGGAGUUUUGGGAAGGAGAAUGAGAGAUAAAUCGUCCACAGUCUUAAACUGCUUUUCUAAGGCCCCAUCUACACUGCCAUAGAAAAUCCAGAUUAUCUGCUUUGAAUUGGAAUAUAUGGCAGUGUAGACUCAUAUAUUCCAGUUCAAAGCAGAUAAUGGGGAUUAUCUGCUUUGAUAAUCUGGAUUAUAUGGCACUGUAGAAGGGACUUAAAAAGCAAUCUACAUGUCUACAGCCAUAUUCCAUAUUGUGUCAUGACUUAGUUACCAUAGGAGUUAACAGGACUAAAGUGCAGCUAACAAAUUGUGCAGCAUGGUAACGGCGCUCCAUGCAGUCAUGCCGGCCACAUGACCUUGGAGAUGUCUAUGGACAACGCCGGCUCUUCGGCUUAGAAAUGGAGAUGAGCACCAACCCCCAGAGUCGGUCACGACUGGACUUUACGUCAGAGGAAACCUUUACCUUUACUAAUACAUGCAUGCUUUAACAUUGCAGCUGAAAUACCAAUACCAAUAAUCUCAAAAGAUAUGCAUUCCACCCCCUUUUUUCUGUAAAUAUUAACGUCUUAUAAUGUGGAUAGGAGAAUGUUACAGUUUGUACAAAUUUGGUGAUAUGUUGUGUGCUAAAUACAUUGUAUAGUGUUUUAUUUUAAAAUAUACAUUAUGAGAGUUUUAAAAAACUGAGAUGAAUGUGUGUCAAUUCUGGUCAAAAUAUUCCAACGGGAGCUUCACUUGCGAUAAAGCAAAGCAAAACUAGUAAACCAAAAUCCAAUUUUUGGUGCUGCCUUUAUCAGGACAACACAAAAGCACAAAAUACAUCACAAAAAUACACCAGGUUUCUUUAUUAGAAAAUAUGGUAUGCAGUGAACAUCCACAUUCACUGAGGUAGGGGCAUCUGACCCUCAUUUCCAUGGACAAGUGUGGAUCAAAACAAUUGUUUUUACAGUUCACAAUUACUUGAUACAGUGACUUAUAGUUACUGUGAAGCUGUGACCUCAUGAAAUGGAGAAGUAAUGUCCCAUGUUUCUCUUAGAACCAUAGAAUAAUAGAGUUGGAAAAGACCACAUAGGCCAUCUAGUCCAGUCCCCUGCCAUGCAGGAAAAGCACAAUCAAAGCACCCCUGACAGAUGGCCACGUAGUCUCUGUUUAAAAGCUUCCAAGGAAGGAAUUCCCACCACACUGAGGCAUAGAGUUCUACUAAUGACCAGCUCUUACAGACAGGCAGUUCUUUCUAGUGUUCCAGUGGAAUCUUUCCUGCAAUUUGAACCCAUUCCUCUGAGUCUUUGUUUCAAGGGCAACCCCCCCCCCCAAAAAAAACCCAAGCCUGCUCCCUCUUCCUUAUGACAUCCUUUCACAUAUUUAAACAUGGCGAUCAUGUCUUCUCUCAACCUUCUCUUCUGCAGGUUAAACAUACCCAGCGCUUUAAGACACUCCUCAUAAUGAUUCAUGGUCUCCAGACCUUUAAACAUUUUAGUUGCCCUCUUCUGAACACCUUCCAGCUUGUCAAUAUGUCUUUCAUGUAAUCGUUUGUAAUGUUUAGGUUUUAUUUUUCAAAUAACCAGAAGUAUUUAUUUUAGUUGCUUUCGAGCAUAUUGAAACUGUUAUUACAGUAGAGUCUCGCUUAUCCAACGUUCUGUAUUAUCCAAUGUUCUGUAUUAUCUAACACAGUCUGCCUUCUGCCAGGAUCCACAGCUUUUUCUCUAGGCAGCAACACGCAGCGGGUAACACGCCCAACAACAACAACACAAGUGCGGCCACACUCCCAAACCAAUUGUGGACUUGUAAAACAUGAUGUUUUGGUGCUUAAUUUGUACAAGUAUUAUGUAAUUUGAAGUUUAAUAGACUUUUCCUUAAUCCCUCCUUAUUAUCCAACAUUUUUGCUUAUACAACAUUCUGCCGUUUAUGUUAAGUGAGACUCUACUGUACUUUGAAACCGCAGCUCUAAGAGAAGUUGCCCUUUGGACUCGAAAGGAUAACUCUAAUGAAUUUCAAAGCUCUGUUUUCAGGCUCCUGGGUCGUUGCAGGAACCCUUGUUGGUGGUGGAAUGCUAGAAGGCCUUGGAGUUGAGUUCCAGUCCCCGAGGCUGUCCUUGGGGUUCUCUUUAGAAGAAGAAUGGAAUGCGGACCACCCUAAGAGUCCACUGGAUUGGUUCUGUGACCGUUGGCUCUCAUCCUGUAAAAAGAAGAAUGCCACAGGUGGAGUAAUCUCAUGCCUCCAGGGUGCUGACUCCAGCAAGCUGCUCAUCAUGUCUACCCAGCCCUGGAGAAAACAAAUGCCUACUACAAAGCUUGUGCGCCCUUGGCUUAGUAAAAGGGGAAGUAAAGAAGAUCAUGCCACUUGUGGAAAAGUGAAAUCUAAGAAUUUCUACAAGUUCAUUAUCAACCUUAUCCGGAUGAUCAGAGUCUGCCGGUGUUUCCGGCGUGGACUGAAGGGAUUCCAAGGAUAUCAACUGAUCGAGAAAGACUUCCGUGGGGAGAUAGAGGAAGAAAAGACCGGCUCACACAUUGUAUUUGAGCAGCAUGAAUUCAUCGUUUCAAAGGAUCAUUUUCCUUUUAGAGCAAUCCAAAUAACCAGGAAGCCACCAGCAUGGAGGACUGAUCAAGAAGUGAGGCACUUAAAAAACCGCUUGCAGCUUCUGGAAAGUUUUCGACAAUACAGUCCAACUCUGCAAACUCUUCUGGCCAGAGUGGUUCGCUUUGAACAGUUUGGACGCAGGAGAGUGAUUAUCAAGAAGGGGCAAUCCGGGUGCAGUUUCUAUUUCAUCUAUUUUGGUACAGUUGCUGUCACUGAUGAUGAGGAUGGGACCAACGCCUUUGUGCAGCCAUCUCCAACUCUACUUCACAGAGGUGCUUGUUUUGGAGAAGUUGCCCUCUUACAAGGCACAAAGAGAAUGGCAACUGUUGUAUGUAUGGAAGAAACAGAAUUACUGGUUGUGGAUAAGAAAGAUUUUUUCAACUUCAAACUAAACCAGGAACUUAAACGAGAAUCAAAAAUUCGGUUUGAUUUUUUGAGAACACUGGAUCUUUUUGCAUCAUUGCCAGAUUCUUCAAUAGAGGACCUAAGUAACGUCUGCAAAGCUGAGCGGUCCCACUAUGGGCAGGUGAUCACCAAUGAUCUUUCAGACUCCUCCAAUGUAGUACUGAUUUCGAAGGGCGUUUGUGAGGUUUUGCGACUGGUUGAUCUCACCACUUGUCCAUCUUAUCACAAGUGGCUCUCCAAGCAAUUGUGUUUUCCCAAGCGCAAACUACAGAUAAAAGAACGGCGGCGCUUGGCUGCUGCCAUAACUUCUGUGGACAGAUUUAAAAGCACCAUGUGGAGCCCCUGUGCUGAAUCUGGGUACAAACUGGCUGAGUUGAAAGAAUAUUAUACUCACCAGCAGCACCAAGCCUACAGUAGAUACAAGGUGGGAAGUUGUCUCUUCAACAGGAGUCAAAAAAGUGUAGUGAUAGGAGUGGAUACAUGUGACAAGAGUUCAUUUGAUGAGGAACAACAGCAUCUUGAAGAUGAACAAGAGAGGGUUCAAAAUAUUAUAUCAGGAAGAGAAUUUGAAAAUAAAUUAACGUAUACCACAUCUUAUGGAGAGAUGCCAGUUUCUGUUUCUGCAGCAGUAUACAUGAGGAUGGAUCAAUUGCAUAAAGGGGAGUACAUAGCCAACCUGCAAGAUAACCGCACAAUGAUUUUGGUCAGUAAAGGGGCUGAGAUAAUCCGUUUGAAAAAGGAGAAGAUUGAGGAAUUUUCCGAUGAUACCACAAGAGCAAAGUUAAGCAAUCUGACAACUAAAUAUCCCAGUGAUGAUGAGCUGUGCCAAGUCUUUCUCCGGCAUAAUUCCUGGGAAAUGUUUAAGAAAGAUCUAGUGAACCAUGUGAUGCAGCCCAAGCUCAUAAAGAUGGUCUAUCCUCCACACCCGUGCCCCACGGAUGAAACCUAUGCUUCGUGGUGCAUGAAUGAAUCAGGCAUCUUGGACCUCACUCUCCUGCGCAGCGCAAAACAACUUCCCCCAAGGCAAUGCAGAUACGUUCCCACCCUCUUUGGCCGUGACAAGGAGAGCCUGCCGGUGAUUCAACCCAAAUGGAUGCAGCCGAAACUGAUUCAUGGCAUCAAUGUCUUCCGUUCCAAUUUGGAUGGCGCAUUUUAGUGAGCUCCACAAGUUUUACAAGCUAUAGCAGCACAGAGACAUUUCUGAAAGGUCAGGGAGUCAUACUUGGUGAUUCAUACAAGUGUACAUAUAUACUUACUUUCAUUUAAUGCAAUUUUUGUUCCUUUUUCAGAAAGAGUUGUUAUGCUAUCCCCCCUCUCUCUCUUUAUGAUAGAUUUGUUUUGAAUUCUGAAAUUGUUAUGUCUUAUUUUCAAUAAUAUAUUUUUUCUUUCAAAAUGUAGCAUGUGUGUGUAUAGUGCUUGUGUGUGCACACACAUCAAUAAAAUAUAUUUAUAAUUUA